AUGGAUGCGGAAAGACACACUCCACUGUCUCCAGAUAUCAAACGGCAACUUCGCCAGCCAACCUUCAACAACUGGCCCUACAGCGACUCCCAGCUUCUUCGAUUUGUUCGAUUCUUCUUCACCGGUGAUGACGGCCUCUCACCCUCCCCGGCCUCUUCAACUGAACCAGAUGGUGGCGCUGCUGCGUCUCCGCAAAUGCCGUUUUUUGAUGAUAGACUGUGUCUGGCGAAACGUUGUGAAAUUCCAGAAGAGAAUCUAGAUGCGUGGCUCUGUGCUGUCUACGCCAAGUACAACUGUGUGGCUUUCCACAACUUCAAGCAUUCUUUUAUGGUCACCCAUAUGGCAAGUUUCAAAAUUUACUAA